AUGUAUUUGUGUGUAGAGUUUGUCUCCUCCCUCAUCUCUUCUUGAAGUGUGAAAAGCAGGAAGUGUCUGAUUUAGUUCAAACAGUCUGUUAAUGUGUCAGUAUGGGCUCCAGUGCACUGUCUCUCACACUCUUGCUGAUGUCCUUCAUCCACUCUGGACUCACUCAAGGUUCACCAAAAUCUACUCUGACUGUGACUCCAGACACAGUAUUCACUGGAGAGAGAGUGAUUCUGACGUGUGUGAUUGAGUCUGACAGAGACUGGAAAUAUGAGUGGAGGAAAGGAAACUCAUACAUUCCAGUGUCUCAGCGUUACACUGUAGACAGAAACACUCUCACUAUUGAAGGAUCUGAAUCAUCUGAUGCGGGUCAGUACACGUGUAGAGGACACAUAGAAGGAAGAUCAGUCUCAUCACAAUCAAGCUCUGCUGUUUCUCUCUCAGUGAAGGACUUACCCAAAACUGAACUGACUGUGACUCCAGACAGAUCUGUCUUCACUGGAGAGACGGUCAAUCUGAAGUGUGUGAUUGAGUCUUACAGAGACUGGACACAGAGAAAUGGCCUGACACAUGACCAGAGAUAUUACUGGACAUAUUACUGGACACCUGACUGGAGAUAUGAGUGGAAUAAAGGCAGUGUAAAGUUACAGUCGUCUGAGCGUUACACUGUAAACACAGACACUCUCACUAUCAGAGCAGUAACUACAUCUGAUGAGGGUCAGUACACGUGUAGAGGACAGAGAGAUAAAAGACCAAACUCAUCACAGGAGAGUGAACCAAUAAAUCUGUCUGUUAAUGAUUUACCCAAAACUGAACUGACUGUAGAUCCAAAGAGUCGUGUCUUCACUGGAGAGAGAGUGAGACUGACGUGUGUGAUUGAGUCUAAUCACAGAGACUGGAGAUAUGAGUGGAAUAAAGGCAGAGUAAAGUUACAGUCGUCUGAUCGUUACACUGUAAACACAGACACUCUCACUAUCAGAGCAGUAACUACAUCUGAUGAGGGUCAGUACACGUGUAGAGGACAGAGAGAUGAAAGACCAAACUCAUCACAAUCAAGCUCUGCUGUUUCUCUCUCUGUGAAGGAUCUGAAGCCAAAGCCUGAACUCAGAUCAGAUCCUGCAGGAGCUGCACUGACAGGAAACACAGUGACUUUGACCUGUCGUGUGAAUCUGUCUCCUGGAUGGGACUUUUACUGGUACAAACACACACUGAACUCUGAGACAAAGACAGAAACAAACUCCUACAGAGUGAAGAUUGAUUCAGUGUCUGAUGGAGGUCAGUACUGGUGUAGAGCUGGAAGAGGGGAACCAGUCUACUACACACAAUACAGUGAUGCACUGUGGGUAAAUGUUACGGUGAGUCCUAAAGCUGUGGUGACGGUUCGACCGGAUGAACAAGUGUUCAGAGGAGAAACAGUCUCUCUCAGAUGUGAUAUAAUGUGGGGAGGAGACACUGAGUGGACGUACAGAUGGGAAACAGAGGGAACAAACUACCAAUAUAACUCAAUCUCAACACAAGAGCUGAACAUCAGCAGUGUUAAAUACAUUCACCGUGGUAAAUACACCUGUACAGGACUGAUGGGAACACAAAGCUCUCAGCGCAGUGAUGCUGUUACACUGAAUGUAUCAGCUGAAGCUCAGGCAGCAGUGCGAGUGUCUCCACAGCCGUGGCUGACUGAAGGAGACUCAGUGACUCUGAUCUGUGAGGUUACAGUCUCCUCUACAGGCUGGACGUUCAGCUGGUUCAGAGAUGAUGAUCAUCUGUCCGACAGCAGCAGAGGAGCUGGAGGCUCUUACACUCUCAGUCCUGCUGCUCGACAGCACACAGGAGUUUAUACGUGCAGAGCAGAGAGAGGACGACCGGCCUAUUACACAAAGACCAGUAACACACAGCCCCUGUGGAUCACUGGUGUUCCUCCUUCAGUGUCUCUGGUGGUCCGUCCCAGCAGAAGUCAACACUUCUCAUCUGACUCUCUCUCUCUGAGCUGUGAGGAUCAGACGAACUCUUCUGGAUGGACAGUGAGAAGAUACACAGACAGAAACACAGAAGAUUGUUCAACACUAACAGGAUCUACAUGUCGACUCGUGUCUCUCAGCACAUCUGACUCUGGAGUUUACUGGUGUCAGUCUGAAUCUGGAGAGAAACGCCAUCCUCUCAACAUCACUGUACACGAUGGUGAUGUGAUUCUGGAGAGUUCUGUUGAUCCUGUGAUUGAGGGACAUACUCUGACUCUACACUGUUUACAUCGAUCUACAAACUCCUCGAUACUCAGAGCUGAUUUCUAUAAAGACGGAUCACUCGUCCAGAAUCAGACGACAGGAGAGAUGAUCAUCACGACUGUCUCAGAGUCAGACGAGGGUUUCUACUACUGUAAAACAGAGAGAGGACAGUCACUGCACAGCUGGAUCUCAGUCAGAGCUUCAUCUUCUCUUCUGGUCACUGGUGUGGUUGUGGGAUCGAGUGUUUGUCUGUUGUUCUUCCUCUCACUGCUGCUGAUGUGGAGAUACAAGAAGAACAAAGAUCAGCAGCGUAACAUUAAUCAGACAUCAGUCCCAAAUCAAUCUGCACAAUCUCAACUGGAGAACUUUCCUCUACAGUCUGAUUCUGAUCACAUUUAUGACGAUGUGACUGAAGUGAAUAAGAGAGACAAAGAUGAUUCAGAUCCCUUGACAGAUGUCACAUAUUCAGAGGUCACUGUUAAGAAAAAGAUGGACAAAGCUAAAGCAGAGUCUAAUAAUGUGACAUACUCAGAAGUCGGAAAAAGAGGAAAGAAAUGCAAAAGUAAAGAUAUUAAUCCUGCAGGAGCCAGUGAUUUGACUUACGCACAGAUCAAUAUACAGGACAAGAAGAAAACCAAAGGCAAAGGGAAGAGCAGUGAGUCUGGAGACACUUUGUACUCUGAACUGAAGCAGAACACAGAUAGAGAUGCUGAUGCUGGAGUUGGUGACACAACUUUUGCUCUAGCUUUUUGGAAAAAGGGCCAGAAGAAGAUUAAUAAAACAUGUCCCUGAGUUCAGAGAAGACACCAGACGACUAAAAGAGAUUCAUAGCAGCAGACACAGUAACGCUUGCAUUGCUUCAGAAAUUAUAAUGAGUGAACGGAUUAUACACAUGCUUGAUUGAAAUACUUUACAGAUAUUAUCAUAUUAUCUGUACACAUUAUGUAGGCAAACAGAUCUAUUUGUAAUAUAUAUUAAAUCAUUUUCCAUUUAAGCACUUUUGUGUAACAGCUUUAAGUAAAACUGCCCUUCAAGUUAUUACAUUGUUAGAUGAUUCGUCUGAUGCUGUACAGCAAUUAAACAGUAAUUGGGCAUUUGUCUGAUAGUUAAAUAUAACAUGUUCUGCCUUAUUAAAUAACACCUGUCUUUUUGCCAAGACUGUGUGGCUAACAUAAUUUUUAUUGAAUAUACAGUAUAUUCAUGAAUACUGCUUUUUACAUUAAUAUAUUUACCUCUUUGAUAUAUGCUUUUUUUUUUUUGGCUUUGCUACAGUUAAUGAAGUCAUAGAUUUUUAUUUGCUAAAUAAACACAA